AUGACAAUCCGGACCGCGAGCCAGAAUGGCACGCUCGGCGUUAAAACUGCCGAGAAAGAGAGCCCGUCGCACGAGUCAGGGACUAGUCUCCCGGCACAGACCCAAAACGGCCUACCGGUCCUGAAUGGUGCCAAGGGCCAUGCCACUUCGCCAUACGACAACCCUCGCCUCACCCUGGUGGAUAGAUAUGUUGAUGAACCUCGAUCCUUGAGGGUCGCUGUUAUUGGGGGUGGUCUCGCCGGUAUCCUGGCAGGCGUCUUGCUGCCUAAAAAGGUGCCAGGGAUUAAACUCACAAUUUACGAGAAGAACGCGGACCUUGCCGGCACAUGGUUUGAGAAUGUUUAUCCCGGAGUCCGUUGUGAUAUCCCCUCGCAUGUGUAUCAAAGCACGUUUGAUGCCAAAACAGACUGGUCCGACCAGUUUGCUCCAGGACAUGAGAUUCGGGACUACUGGCAGGGCAUCGCACGGAAAUACGAUGUUUAUCAGUAUGCAAAGCUCAAUCACCAAGUCGAAGAGACGACGUGGGACAGCGAAGAGGGUGUGUGGGUGACGACGGUAAAGAACGUCGAGACAGGCGAGGUCACCGUGGAUAAGGCUGAGUUUGUCUUGUCCUCAAUCGGAAGAUUCAACGCGUGGAAACUCCCCGACUACCCCGGCAUAUCCGACUACAAGGGACUCCUCCGACACGCCUCCAAUUGGGAUCCGUCCUUUGAGCACAAAGACAAAAAAGUGGCCGUCAUCGGAAAUGGCGCCAGCGGAAUCCAGGUCGUUGCCAAUUUGCAAAAGUCGGUGGCGAGAUUGGAUCACUAUGCCCGAAACAAGACCUGGAUUGCCGCAUCGUGGGCGGGAGAUGAGCGGACAUUUGGGCCUCAGCUGUACUCUGAGGAGCAAAAGAAGAAGUUUGAGGCUGAUCCACAGGCCUAUCUAGCGUUCAGGAAGAACCUUGAGGACAGCUACUGGCGUCGCUUUGGAUCAUUCUUCCGAAAUACUGAGGAUAAUCAAGAGCUUCGCAACAAAUUCAUCGAGAUCAUGAAGGAGAGGCUGGUCAAAAAGCCUGAACUGCUGGAACACAUCAUCCCGGACUUCUCGCCGAACUGUCGUCGCCUUACGCCUGGACCGGGAUAUCUCGAAGCAAUCUCGGAACCCAACGUCGAGUACAUCAGGACGCACAUCAAGAGAUUUACAGAGACUGGUAUUGAGACCGAAGACGGCGUGCAGCGGGACGUUGAUGCUGUAAUUUGCGCCACGGGAGCGAACGUCGAUAUGGUCCCGCGAUUUCCCAUCCGCGCUCAUGGACAAGACCUCCAAAGCGUCUGGAAGCAAGACGGCGAACACGGCUUCCCAUACACAUACUUGGGCUUGGCAACGCCUGGAUUCCCCAACUUUCUCUUCGUCCAUGGUCCCCAGGCGACGGGCCCGUCAGGCACCGUGCCGCAGAGCGUCGAGACCCAGCUGACCUACUACGCGAAAUUGCUGCGUAAGGCGUCGCGGGAAGGCAUCAAAUCUAUUACUCCAAAGCAAAAAGCCGCUGAUGACUUCACCGAGUUUUCGGAUGCCUUCUUCGCGAAGACGGUUCUCACGGACAACUGCAGUUCCUGGUACAAUGGCGGCCGACCGGGUGCGCGGAUCCAUGGACUGUGGCCCGGCAGUGCAGCGCAUCUCACGGUGAUUCGUCGGGAUCCCAGAUGGGAAGAUUGGGAGUAUGAGCACCUCUCGGACUCAGGGAACAGGUUCGCGUGGUACUUCGGCAAUGGCUGGACUAGGCUGGAAACUGAGCCAGAAUCGGACAUGACUCCGUAUCUGAAACUCCCCGAGGAGGUAGAUCUUAGAGACUUGCACGAGAAUUGGUGGGUAGUACCGUAG